GCAUGCUUCAGGUGCUGAACCCCUGAUGUGAUAGAUUUAUCUGAUCUAAAUGGAAAUGAGCCUGUAAGCUAAUAAACCCUGAUCAGGCGGGUAUUUUUAAGCUGCCCCUCGCUGUGGCCGGUUAUUCCCAUCACCCCUUCUUCCAGCACACCCCACCAACUGAGUCUGGACCAGACCAUACCAACUCCAGCGUGAUGAGAGGGGGCUCCGCUGCGGCAUCAAGGCAGCUCUUCUAACAGGAUCCCCUUACAACCCACCCAGCGAGGACCGAUUCCCUGAAAGGGAUGCUUCCAUCGAGUCCAAACGCCCCGCUCGGCUUUCUUUGCCUAUCAGCAUCAUCGUGCGCUGGUGGGGGUGUCGGAGCUGCCUCUCCCUCCUUGUGCUUCUUCCACCAUUGGACCAGUCAGCAGAGCGUGCUGAACAAAGCCACGAGAAAGGAGAGGGAGAGAAAAAGAGAGAAAGAGAGAGGGGAGCUUCUGGGAAAGAAAUGUCUCUGACUCUGUCGCCUCGACAACCGGAUAUCGGUGCGUGGAGCAGAUGAAAGUGCAGAGGGCAAGUUCAGCUGUAGAAAAGUGGACCAGGCAGGCCUGAACGCUCCCACCUGUGAUUCCUGUGUGUUCAGCCUAAAGGUGCCAGCAUGGAUGUGGAGGAUGAGGCGCUGCUGUUUCGCACCAACUGGGGUGAUGAUGAGGAGGAGGAAGAGGAGGAGGAGGAGGAGGAUGGGGGGACGCGAGCGACGGGGCAGAGCUGCUUGUCUGGGGGUGCAGGGCUUUGUGGGCUGUGGAGGGGAGUGGGGUGGGUUUACACACAGCCCUGGGCCAGUGGGGUGGUUUUAGGGGUGGCCUUCCUCAUGCCCUGUGCCCUGUUUGCCUACAUGCUGCUCUACUGCCCUCCUCUGGACAUAGACCUCUCCUACAGUGCCUUCGAGGUUCACAGUCACUUCUCAGCUGAGCGCUUUGAUGCUCUCACCAUCGCCGUGAAGACUCAGCUGGGGUCCUGGGACAGACGCCGGCGGGACGUAGAUGAUGUCGAGUCGGAGGCCCUCAAGGAGCUUCUCCUGGAGAAGCUGGGUGAAAAUGAAGCGUACAACGGGACGGCGGGGAAGAGGGUGAAGUCCUCCUCUCCAGCAGACAGCACUUUGAGAACAGGAGAUGAUCGGAGAGGAGAAACAAGCCGUGAGUCUGACUCAAGUCAGGAAGGAAUUAGGAGGGACGAGAGACGAAAUCCUAGAGCUGAAGAGGAGCGGGGAUUGUGGGAUGGAAAUAGCUCGUUUUCACUUAAUAGGAGGCGCAGAUUUGCCCCUAAUUACUACAUGCAGAGCCAGGCUCUGUGGCGGAUCGAGCUGGUGUUUGUGGCUCAGGGGAAAGGGGAGCGCAACAUCUUCACUCCUGAGCGCCUGGAGACAGUUCACCGCGUGGAGCGUCUCCUCAUGCAGCAUCCGCAGUUUCAUCAGUUCUGUUGGAAACCGAUGGAGAUAUUAAGGGAUCUGCCUCUGGGGCCGUCUUAUUGCUCCCCACCCAGCUCCCUUCUGUCUUACCUCUACCCCAGUGAGAGGGCGGGCAAGAUAUACUACGAUGGCAUGGGCCCAGAUCUGGCUGAUAUCCAAGGUUCCUUAAGCCUGGCCAUCACCCACCCACAGUUCUACUGGUACGUGGAUGAAAGUCUGUCCCCUGAGCACCUCUCCUCGGCUCUCCUGCGCAGCGAGAUCCACUUCGGGGCUCCCCUGCCGUCCUACUACUCCCUGCAGGACCGUGCAGAUGAGCAGAGAGCUCGCUUCAAAACCUUUGUGGUUCAGUAUGCUGGCAUGCUGGCCAAGCAGUCCACCAGUGAGGUGAAGGUGCUGUAUGGGGGGACGGAGCUGUUCGACGAUGAAGUGAGACACACCUUUUACAACGACAUGAUGCUGGCUGUCAUCAGCGGAGCCUGCAUCACUGCCCUCGUCUACAUUCUCACCUCGUUUUCUGUCUUUCUGACGUUCUUCGGACUCGCCGCCAUCGGGCUGAGCUGCUUGAUGGCUCUUUUUCUAUACCACGUUGUGUUCGGCGUCAGGUACCUCGGCAUUCUCAACGGAGUGGCGGCGUUUGUUAUCAUUGGGAUUGGGGUGGAUGAUGUGUUUGUGUUCAUCAGCACCUUCAGACAGGCCUCCCAUCUGCGUCAGCCCCGGGAGCGAAUGAUCUACACGAUAAAAACAGCCGGCCGCGCCACGUUCCUCACCUCCUUCACCACGGCGGCCGCCUAUGCCGCCAACACCUUCUCUCAGAUCCCGGCCGUGCAUGACUUCGGCCUAUUCAUGGCCCUCAUUGUCAGCUGCGCCUGGCUUUGGGUGUCUGUCCUGAUGCCAGCAGCCCUGUGCAUCUGGACCCAGCAUGUGGAGCCUCACGAACACGACUGGUGGAAUUGCGUGAAGCUGCUCUUGGGCUUGUCAGCGAGCUACAGCCCUUUGUCAGAUGAGGAUGAUGAUGUGGCACUUCUGUCGGUGGACAUGGAGCCAGGCUCCUGUGACACAGACAGCGACGCAGCCAUUCUUUCCCUGACAGUGGAGACACCAUUAUCCCCCACAGGACAGCAGCGUAUGGGCGUGGUGAGCACAAAACUCCAGUGGGGCCUGAAGCACUUAGUGGCUGAGCCGGCUGUGAAGCAUCGCAAAGCGGUUUUAGGCGUCUUUCUCCUGGUUCUGGUCUUCUCUGCGGGCUGCUGCUGUCUUCUGAAGCCGGCCACCCACGCUCCCCUCCUCUUCCGGCAGGACACAAACCUUCAGACACUGCUGGCGCUGCGCAGCAACCUCAGCGGUCAGGGCAUCUCCUGCCCCAUGUGUUCAGGUGUGUUCAUGGAAAAACCCCACCAGUUGUACACGCAUGCUUCCUCGUCAGGUUUGAGGUUUUCCACACAUCAGCAAAGUCCAAGCACAACACCUUCGACUGCCUCCCAAAACCCAAUGAAAACAAACCUGAGCACCAACCAAACAGACUCCAUGCUGACUGUGUACAUGUCAAAGCUGGUUCAAGGAGGCUCCACGACCAUCUACAGAUUCUCGCUCAACACCAGCGUCCCGUCCCCGUGGAAAGUGUGCAGCGCGGAGCACGACGAGGUGUCAUCAUUCCAGGCGUUCAGUCAUCCCUGCGACAACUACACCAGCAGAAUGAUGGUGUGCGUUUCCCGAGAGUACCGCCCGUACCCGAGCUGGAUGAUCACAUCCGGCUCGUGCGAUCACCGCCACGGCUGGACCGAAGAGUUCUCCUUUUACGUCGCGUCAUCCCCGCAGCAGAACAGCAGGAGGCUGUAUUUUGCUCAGUGCCGUCAGAGACCUCAUCCCAGCAGACUGUGUGUCAAAACGCCUGGCUGUGGCUUCAGUUCUGGGCCUGAUGGACCCUUGAAGGGAUAUUUUUAUAGCCCCCUCCCCAGCGCUCCCUCAUCUGCCGCCAAGACAAAGGCAUCCAAAACGUCCGGCUUCAACCCGUGCAGCGGCGGUGCUUGUGGUCGCCCAGCUGUGCGUCCUCUGGUCGACACUGGGGCCAUGGUUUUCGUCGUGUUCGGGAUCCUGGGAGUGAACCGAAGCGAGAACAGGGAGAACCACGUGAUUGGGGACAUGGGCAGCGUCAUACUGGAUCCAGACUUUGAUAUUUUCAAGGAGAUGGGCCAUCUGUGCAAAAUCUGCAAGGUUGUUGGUGCAAACCGAAAGCUUGUGAAGCCAGGAGGAGCUCAGUGUUUGCCCUCAGGCAACAAGCUCUCCUCUGUUCUUCCUCUGCUCCAUCCUGAGUGCCACUCUCUGCCUGAACCCAACCUUCUCCCCGGCCAGCUCUCCCACGGAGCAGUGGGAAUGCAUGGAGGCAAGGUCCGCUGGUUGUCCAUGGCCUUUGAAUCGACCACAUACAAGGGGAAAUCCUCCUUUCAGACCUAUUCAGACUUCCUUCAGUGGGAGAACUUCAUCCAGGAGCAGCUUGCCAGCCUCCCACAGACGUCGGCUCUCCAGCGAGGUUUCCAGACCUGCGAGCACUGGAAGCAGAUCUUCAUGGAAAUUAUAGGUGUGGAGAGUGCCCUCUCGAGUCUCCUGCUCUCUCUGGCGAUCUGCGUGGCUGCUGUGUCUGUGUUCACAGCCCAUCAUCUGCUGCUGCUGCCGGUGCUCAUAACAAUUAUAGGGGUGAUCUGUCUGGUCGUGGCUGUCAUGUAUUGGCUAGGUUGGGAGAUGGGAGCAGUGGAGGCAAUUUCUCUGUCAAUACUUGUCGGAUCUUCAGUGGAUUACUGUCUGCACCUGGUGGAGGGAUACCUGCUGGCCGGGGAGACGGUUUCCUCGAUGUCUGGACAGAUCUCUGAGCCUUCAGCUGAGAGGCAGAGGCGAACUUUGGAGGCAGUGAACCAUGUGGGCGUUGCCAUAGUGUCCAGCGCCGUCACCACAGCAAUCUCCACCGUCCCCCUUUUCUUCUGCGUCAUUGUGCCUUUCGCCAAGUUCGGUCAGAUCGUGGCCAUCAACACAGCCGUCUCCAUUUUGUUCACCUUGUCUGUGACCUCCGCCUUGUUGUCCUGCAUGGCCCCGGCCCACUUCAGCAGACACGCCGGUGCUGUGCUGAAGGCCAGCCUGGCCGUGACGGCGGCCGCGGCCGUGGGAGGGGCGCUGUGCUGGACGGGCCGACGGCUGGGGGCGUCGGCCUGGCGGUCGCUCGGCACAUAAACCCUGCUGUCCUCGGCUCUCACUGAUGUCAGACAUGAGUAAUGUAUUUUCCUUUAUCGUCAGGAGGAAUAUCAGAUCAGUAAGUGAUCUUUAAAGCACAAAGAUGUCAACACUGUCUCAGUAAUUCAAAGCUAUUUGAUAUCCAAGAACAGAUUUCUUUUACUUGUGAUAAUUGGUAAAUUUGACAUUUUGGGGGAGCAAACCUUCACCUGCUGAAUAUCUUCUGAAGUUCAGUGUCUUGCCCUGAGUUUUCAUCCUGCUUGAACUUUUUCACAGUUUCUUAUUUUACAAUCACAUACGUCAGUGUAUCCUGAUGGGGUUUUUAUAUCACAGACCAAUACCGAGUAGCAUACAGGUGCUGGUCACAUAAUUAGAAUAUCAUGAAAAAGGCUUCUUUUUUUUCAGUAAUUCCGUUCAAAAAGUGAAACUUGUAUAUUCUAUUUGUUCAUUACAGACGGACGGAUAUAUUUCAAGUGUUUAUGUCUUUUCAAAACCCCAAAUUCAGUAUAUCAGAAAAAUCUACCUUUUUCAUGAUAUUCUAAUUAUAUGACCAGCACCUGUAUAAUUGUGUAGUGGAAGCAAAACUCUACAGUUUCAAAGUCUUUUAUAAAUAAAAAUCUAAUCGUGGUUAAUUCCUCUAACUUUGCACAUCUAGUGACUGGACUUUAUGUCCAUCCUUAGCUCAGUUUAGUCAGGACAGAUGGAGAGUUGUCUGUGAACAUCGGUUGUUAAUUAAACUAACAAAGCUACAGCGCUCACUGCUGUUAGGUGUCCUCUUAACCGAGUCUCCCACCUGAGGCGUGAACCUCAGCAGCUUCUCCAGAGUCACCAUGGGCUCCUAGGCUGCAUCUCCCAUUGCUGAUUCUUGCCCAACCUGUGCAGCUCUUAUGGGCGGCCAUGUCUAUGUUGGCUUCCAGUUGGGC